AUGAUACCCCAACAUGAAGCUUGUACUGGGGUAGAUCUUAAAAGAGUUGAGAUUAGCCAGAAUGCCGUUGUCGUCGAUUCCCAUGAACAUGUAGACAAAACAUUACAACAAGGCGUCCAGGAGAUUGAGGCCGUAACUAUGACAUGGUCAAGGACCUGGCUCGUCAUUGCCUACAUUUUGAUCUGGAUCACCUACUUUGUUCAAGGUCUUGUGUCUGGCGUCAGUGGCUCUCUUCUUCCAUACAUCACGUCUGACUUCGCUUUCCACUCUCUCACGCCUACUACAAGCAUUUUGAGCGCUGUUAUUGGCGGAGUAACCAAUCUAAGCAUUGCGAAAGUUCUGGAUAUUUUUGGUCGCCCUCAGGGAUAUAUUCUCUGCGCCGUGCUGUCCACCGUUGGCCUUGCUAUGUCAGCCAGUUGUAACAAUGUUGAGGCAUACGCUGCAUCUCAAGUAUUCUACACAGUUGGAAUAAACGGUAUAGGAUACAGUCUGAGUGUCUUCGUCGCAGAUACAUCCUCGCUACGGCAUCGAGGUCUGAUGCAAGCAUUUGUCAGUUCCCCAAAUUUGAUCACUUGCUGGCUAAGUGGGCCGAUAUCAACAGCCUUUUUGAAUGGACCUGGCUGGCGCUGGGCCUAUGGAACUUUCGCUAUUCUCGUUCCGCUUGUGACCUUUCCGCUUUCUGGCCUUUUCAUGUGGCAAUUUUUCAAAGCUAAGAAGCUUGAUCUUAUACAAAAGAAUGAUAGCGGACGCACAACUUGGCAGUCUGUCAUUUAUUACUGCCGCGAGUUCGAUGCUGUCGGUCUCAUUCUGAUAUCUGCUGGAGUCGCCUUCUUUCUAUUGCCAUUCAACCUUUACACCAUUGAAGCAAAAGGGUGGGGAUCUUCUCUUAUUAUAUGCUUCUUAGUCUUCGGAGUCGUAUUGAUCAUCGCUUUCGCCAUAUGGGAGAAGUUCUUCGCCCCAAUAUCGUUCAUUCCAUGGUCUCUCCUCAAAGACCGUACAGUCUUUGGUGCUUGCCUCCUCUCCUUUACGCUCUUCAUCAGUUACUCCUGUUGGGCCAGCUAUUUCACCUCUUUUCUACAAGUCGUGAACAACCUGAGUAUUACCGAGGCCAGUUAUGUCAUGCAGACGUACACUGUAGGCGGGGUGCUGCUUGCACUCGUUACUGGCGGUAUCAUCAGCUUUACCGGGCGUUACAAGCCCAUUGCACUCUGUUUUGGCGUUCCUCUGACAAUCCUCGGCAUGUCGCUCCUGAUUCACUUUCGUCAGCCUGACCAGAAAAUUGGGUAUAUCUUCAUGUGCAUGAUCUUCAUUUCGUUUGCAGAGGGAGUCCUGGUCAUCUGUGCCGAAAUCGCCAUCAUGGCCGCCGCCGCGGAGCAGCAAUAUUUCGCCAUCAGUCUGGCUGUGCUAGGCAUGUUUGGAAACAUCGGUUCCGCUAUUGGUCUGACUAUUUCGGCUGCUAUUUGGCAGGGUAUAUUGCCCAGCAAGCUUUCUGCAAAUCUUCCUGAUAUAGACCAAGCAGAUCUACUCCUAAUAUAUGAGUCCUUACCGACGCAGUUGUCGUUCCCUCCAGGAACAACUGAGCGGCUUGCAAUUCAGCACGCCUAUAGUGACGCACAGAGAGGAUUGUUAAUUGCUGGUACCGUUGUCUGGGUUAUCGGUUUAGCGGCGGUCUUAUUGUGGCGGGACAUCAAGGUUAUUGGUAUUCGCCAGACGAAGGGCCAGGUUGCUUAA